UUGAGUUUAUUUUCUAGAUAAUUAGUAUUCAAUAGGGCCAGUCCAUUAGCUAGUACCAGAAUUUCUAGACCAGGCUGCAGAAACCCACAGAGCCUGAAGAAAGAACAUUCAGUGACUUCCCAGGACCACAAGCAGCUGUACCCCAUGAUGGAACAGGUGAUUGUAGUCAACAGUGUGCCUGCCAUUAGUGCCUCAGGUAAUGUUCAUGUCAACCAGCCCAGCAACUCUGUGGCCUCUGGAAAUCACGUGCAGCCUUCAAGGGUGACCACUUACCCAAUCUUACCAAAAGCAAUCCAGCAUGCUACAGGAACAGCAAACUUACAGAACCAAUUCGUGGUGGACCAGAAACCAGUAGCAGGUGCACAGAGUCAAUCCAUUGGGUAUCAGCAACAGUAUCCGGUGGGAGCAACCAGUUUGCAGACUGCACCUGGGGUGAUCCAGUAUGCACAGGGAAUGACGAAUUUCCAGACACGGCCUGGAGACCCUCAGAAUCCUCCGAAUGCUAACCCUGGGCUGACACCCACCUCAAACUCGUUCCAAUGGAACGUGUCGUUUUCAUCAUUUACUGCAUUUGAUCCCAAGAAAUUCGUAAAUGAGGAGAUCAGAACAUUAGGGGCCAUCCAGAUCCUCAUCGGCCUGACGCACAUUUUCUUUGCAAUUAACCCUGUGCUGUAUCGCUGUACUUUUGUGAUGCCAUGUUAUACUGCAACUGGGCUUUCAGGGUACCCACUCUGGGGAGGACUAUUCUACAUUACAUCUGGAUCCCUCUCAGUAUGGGCUUCAAAGGACCCCAGCCCUUGUGUGGUGAGCACCAGCGUCGUCCUGAACGUCAUCUGCGCACUCUUGUCCCUUGGUGGGAUCCUCAUUCUCAUUGUGGAUCUGUGCACUGACUAUAAGAUGGUAGAUGUAAAGACAAUUUUUGGUGGUCUGCUCCCCUUCGCCCUCCUGGAGUUCAUCCUCACUUGUGUGGUCUCAUAUUUUGGGUGCCAGGCCACCUGCUGCAGACAAUUUGAGAAUGCAACAGGGAUUCCAGCCAUAUUCAGUUUCAACCCAUCCAGUACUACCACCACCGGCCCUGUCAAUGCUACCACCAGCCCUGUCAAUGCUACCACUGUUCCUGUCAAUGCUACCACCAGCCCUGUCAAUGCUACCACUGUUCCUGUCAAUGCUACCACCAGCCCUGUCAAUGCUACCACUGUUCCUGUCAAUGCAACCACCAGCCCUGUCAAUGUGACCACUGGCCCUGUUAACACCACCACUGGCCCUGCCAACACUACCACCAAUUCUGUCAAUGCUAUCUACACCAACAUUGUACCCCUGAACCCUCAUAUCAAGAAAUAACUGAUUUGCCCAAAGCUAGAUGACAUAGGAUGCCUGUCUUAAUGACAAGAGGAUGCACUGCAGCAGUAUCUUUCCUCCUCCCUGAAACUUCCAUGCCCAUGACCCUACCCUUGCUGCCAGACUGAAAUGGACAAGCAUUUCCUCUCCUCUUCACCCCUAACCUUCAUUUUUGUUAUUGAUGCCUUUUUUUUAAUUUAUAAAUAAUUUUCCUUUGGUUCUUGGUAUCUUCUAACCUUGGCGAAGUGCAGGGUGCAUUUUUGUUCCAUGGUUCCUGAUGUGUGCUCACCGCUAAAAAACCAGUUCUAAACCAGUGCCUCAGCCAUGGAAUUCUUGUAGGUCCAACUUCUGCCCAGUCCCCGGCUCUAACUGUGACACAGUUCUCCCCCACAGAAAAGGCGGAGCAAUGUAGAGUGUGUUCAGUAUUCCCUGGUGUGGGAGUGGAGGAAAACCUUUGUGACCUAGAGUUAGGUAAAGAGUUUUUAAAUAAGACACCAAAAAUACAAUUAGCAAAGGGAAAGAAAAAUCAGUAAGUUGAACUUAGAAUUAAAAACAGUUGCUUUUACUCCAAGAAUGUUAUGAAGAAAAAGAAAAAAGAAAAAAAAAAAAAACAGUUGCUUUGUGAAAGAUCUUGCUAAGAUAAAAAGUCACAGCCUAGGAGAAAAUAUUUGCAAAUCAUAUAUCUGACAAAGGACACAUUUCCACAAUAUAUAAAGAGCUGUCUAAACUCAAUAGUAUGAAAAAAAUCUAAUUACAAAUUAGACAAAAGGCUUGAACAGAAGCUCUGACAAAGAGACUAUAGGAUUGCAAAUAAGCAUAUGAAAAGAUGUUCAUUGUCAUUAGCCAGUGCAGUGAAACACCACUACACACCUAUUAGAAUGGCUGAAAUAAAAAAUACUGAUAAUACCAAGUGCUGGUGAAAACACAGAGCAACUGGAGGUCUCAGAUGUUAUUAGAAUAUCAAUGGCACUGCUACUCUGGAAAACAACUUGACUGAUCAUUAUAAAGCAAAGUAUACAUUGACCAUAUGACUCAGCAAUCUCACCCCUGGGUAUUUAUCUCAGAGAAAAUAAAACUUACUUUGACAC